AUGAUUCCAGUUGAAGCCCUCAGCAAACAGCCUGCUACAGCCACUGUAUUGAGAUACCUGGAUAAGUUUCUGUCUGACAAGCCAACGUACAAUAUCAUAGUGAGAGGGAAUGCGAGCGGACUCUAUGGAUUGGAAGAUGGCGCUCUUCGGGGGGAGGUAGAAGUACGCGGGCGCGGUACGGAGCCAGCGUUACUUCACGACUUGCAUUCAACGCUGCCGCCUGCCGCGCCCGAAACCCUGCACACCAUCUUCAUCGUCCUCAAAGGGCUCGUCUUCAUCACCAUCAUCCUCGGAGCACUCCUCGGGAACGCCCUCGUUAUUAUAUCGGUCCAUCGACACAGGAAACUUCGCGUCAUCACAAACUAUUACGUCGUCAGUCUCGCAGUCGCUGAUAUGUUGGUCGCGUUAUGUGCGAUGACGUUCAACGCAAGCGCAGAAUUAACUGACGCCUGGCUCUUUGGGCCUCUAGUCUGUGAUAUCUUCAAUUCCCUCGAUGUUUACUUCUCCAGCGCUUCAAUCCUUCAUCUGUGCUGUAUAUCCGUUGAUAGGUAUUACGCGAUUGUCCGACCUUUGGAGUAUCCCGUCACGAUGACCCACAGAACUGUUUGUUUUAUGCUCGCAAAUGUUUGGCUAUGGCCAGCGUUCAUUAGCUUCGUCCCAAUAUUCAUGGGAUGGUACACAACAGAAGACCAUCGACAAUACAGAAAAAAUCAUCCAGAUGUUUGUGUAUUCAAAGCCAAUAUGGUGUACGCUAUAAUAUCCUCGAGCGUCUCCUUUUGGAUACCAAGUUUAGUCAUGAUUUCAAUGUACUGUAAGAUAUUUAGAGAAGCGGUAAGACAAAGGGAAGCGUUGACGAGAACUUCGUCAAAUAUUCUGCUCAAUUCUGUCCAUAUAAAGCACACUUCGCACAGCGCGCAUCAUUCGCAUUAUUUACACCCCGACAGAAGACCUUCAGAUAUAAGUCCAAACUACAGCACGUUCACAGAAGUGGGGCCGGAAGAGACAGAAUUCGGUGGAGAAGUUGUAAUGGCCUUGGGAGACAUCUGUCCAAGCAAAGAAGCUAGUCCAAGGAAAUCAGUAAACAUUAGCUGUGAUACAGCCAGUUCGGGCUAUUGUUCUAGUGGAUCAAAUAAGAGAUCUUCAAGUGGACAGCCUCCAAUUGGAUGGAGACCCAGUUGCUCGUCAGCUGUUGCGACAAGAGAUUUGUCGAGAGCAGCAACAGAACUAAACUCGCAAGGUGCCAGUCUUCGUGCGGCGGGCAAGUCGUGGCGAGCUGAACAUAAAGCGGCGCGCACACUUGGCAUAAUAGUCGGCGCAUUUUUGCUGUGUUGGCUACCGUUUUUUCUUUGGUACGUAACAACAAACGUGUGUGGUGAGCCGUGCAAGACGCCAGAUGUCGUAGUCGGCGUGUUGUUUUGGAUUGGCUACUUCAACUCUGCUCUCAACCCGCUGAUCUACGCGUAUUUUAACCGCGACUUUAGAGACGCGUUUAAAAACACGCUCAUGUGUGCACUUCCUUGUUGCUUUAGCUGUUGGAAAGACACGGGCGCUGCGUCUUUUGUGUGA